AUGCGUCUCGCGUACCGUGAGACACUGUAUCUCAUGGGGGUCCUCCCCAGCUUGGCCCGUGGCGUACACACCCUCGCGGUGGUUGACAGCCCACCGCCGCCAACGACGGAACUCAAGUUGGGGUGCCCUCCUUCUCGCGAGGAUCUCGCAAAGUUUUUUCAGGUUCCCUUGUCCAUCCUUGAUAAAAUGGAGACACCGCGCCAGACGCUCUUUGGUGAGAUUAAUCUGGCGCGCACCAGAUACGCUCCGCUUAUCAACUCGAUCACCAGCGACGUCGAUUUUCGUAUGUUGGAGAGGCAGGUCGGGGCCCGCUAUGAUGGAGAUCCUACGAAUCUCCAGGCCCUUCCAGGGGCUUUCAAGCGUUUUCGUGAGACUCAGUGGGAAGAUAUGACAAGCCUCAUGACUUUUUAUGAGGAGGUUAUGUACCCUAUCCGCCUGAAGGAUAAGGAGCUCAAGAGCCAUGAGCUUGCUAGUUAUUACAUCAAAGAUGUCCUUAAGCGCGGCCUCACUGCCUUCAAACAGGAGUUCCUCGACCAACAAAAGGAGGAGUACGCGCAGAUCAAGGCACGCAUCGACGAAUGCACGCUGUCUAUCAAAGUCGUCGUAGAGCAGAUCUUUGAUACGGCUCUGUGCAACGAUAUAGCGAAUAUCCUUAGGAUUGGUGGGGAAAAGCACGAGCACGCGCAUGGCAUGUGUCUCAAGGUGCUUAGAGAUAUGACCAUGAUGAAGGUUCCCUACGAUGACAUCACGUACACCAUUUUGCGGGCGGCAUUGUUUAAUGACGGUCCGUUCGAGGACUCCCCACUGUUGUUCGAUCUAAUCGAGUCCCCUGAGCGUGGUGAGAUCAGUCUGAGCAAGGAACCUCUCACGAAGGUUAGCGAUGGCAUAUUGAGCUUAAUUAGCACCCGCCACCAGACUCCACUCGAUGAUGGUGCACUCCUGCACUCGACAGAGACGCACCCCAAUUUGCAGCGUUCACCUGAAUAA